AUCUCACUUCUACACCGAUUCAAAUGCACCCACAAAGUAUUUGUAGCUAACGUUAACAUACGCGUAUAGUUGUGACGUACAAGCAACCUUUUUGUUACAAUUUUUUUUAUUUUUUUUAUCGUGACCUCAUCGCGUACUGAUUGUGUGAUGAAUAUUCAUUGAAAGUUCUUCAGCUUUUACGACAGAGAGCGUGAGCGUGGUGGAAAUCGUAGGAAGAUGGCGGCGUUGAAGGAGGAGCAGAGCUACGGGCUGUCCUGUGGACGAGUGAGCAAUGGCAGCAAUGUAUCCGUUUUUCACGUCAAACUCACUGACAGCGCCUUAAAAGCCUUUGAAGGUUAUCAGAGCAGCAAGGGCCUGACCUCACCACUCAUCCGCUUCACCGGAAACCAAGGAAAAAUUGUAAUCCCUCGAUCGGAGAACCCCAGUGAGCUGCAGACGUUCACGUUCUACCUGUCCAACGUGGGCCGGGACAACCCCCAGGGCAGCUUCGACUGCAUCCAGCAGUACAUCACCAGUGAGGGCGGUGUGCAGCUGGACUGUGUGGGGGGCAUCCAGGACAAGCUGACUGUGUGCGCUACGGACGACUCGUAUCAGAAGGCCCGUCAGAGCAUGGCCCAGGCCGAAGAGGAGACACGCAGUCGGGGGGCCAUCGUCAUCAAGCCUGGGGGCCGCUACCUGGGUACCACACACCACACACACACCAUCGUCAUCAAGCCUGGGGGCCGCUACCUGGGUACCACACACCACACACACACCAUCAUCAAGCCUGGGGGCCGCUACCUGGGUACCACACACCACACACACACACCAUCGUCAUCAAGCCUGGGGGCCGCUACCUGGGUACCACACACACACACCAUCGUCAUCAAGCCUGGGGGCCGCUACCUGGGUAAGAAGGUUCAGAUCCGCAAGCCGGCCCCGGGGCUGUCGGACGUGGCCCCCUCCAGGCGGACCUCUCGGCCUGUCAUCAUCUCCAGCAGCACCGGCAAGAAGGUCACCACGACGACGCAGCCCCGCCCACUCAGGGAGCGUCUGACUCACCUGCUGGCUCUGAAGCCGUACAGGAAGCCAGAACUGGUGCUGAGACUGCAGAAGGACGGCCUCUCUCCUCUGGACAAAGAUGCUCUGGACGGGCUGCUGCAGCAGGUGGCUAACUUGAGUGGGCGAGACAACACGUUCACGUUGAAGGAGGCUCUGUUCAGAGAGGUGCAGAGAGACUGGCCCGGCUACUCAGAGGGGGAUCAGCAGCUGCUCAGACGCAUCCUGGUCCGGAAACUGUGCCAGGCCCAGAGCAGCACAGUCCCUCCCCCAGAGCCCCCCCCCAGCCCCCCCAAGGAGCCCCCCAACAGCUCCCCCUCACAGAAACGCCCUGCGUCUGAGUUCAUAGACCCCCUGGCCAAUAAGAAGCCCAGGAUAUCUCACCUGGCCAGCAAGGCCACGGCCGGGACGAUCAACGGCAAGCUGAACGGGAAGGAGGCAGGCGGCGGCGCGGAGGGCGUGACAUCAUCAUCGUGCGCCCCAGGCCCCCUGCUGGAGCUGACGCGCCCCUUUGAGCCUCUCUCUGACGUCAGCAACGACUCCAGCCACAACGGCCGAGACCCCGACCCCCUGGAGGCUGCCGUGGCUGAGAGGCUGAGCCAGCCUCCUGGCCCCCCAGGCCUCCCCGCCCCCCCAGGCCUGGCCUCCUCCUCCCCGGGACACCCUGCCCCGGAGCCCCCCCGCACCAGCACCUCCCCCCUCCACGGCAAGUCCAAGAAGAAGUCCAAGAAACACAAAGACAAAGACAAGAAGGAGAGAGAGAAGGAGAGAGAGAAGGAGAGGGAGUGUGUAUCAGAACCUAAGAGGCCUUGUGAUGUCAUUUCCUCCAGCCCUGAGAAUCUCAAGAGCACCAGUAUUCCACACAGGCGCACAGAUGUGAACGGUGUGUGUGACAAUGCCAGUGUGCCCUCGUCAUCCUCCUACACGGCUGAUUACCUAACCAAGUACAGAGUGGUAGUAUCUCCAGAGCAGCGGCAGCUCUAUAAGAAUGACUUCAACAGUGAGUACUCUGAGUACAGAGGCCUGCACGCCCGCAUCGAGGGCAUCACACGGCAGUUCAGCCUGCUGGACACCCAGCUCAAACAGCUGCCCCAGGGAACCGACAAGUACAAGACAAUCCACAAUCAGAUCCUGCAGGAGUAUCGCAAAAUUAAAAAGACGAACCCAAACUAUAUCCAAGAGAAGAAUCGCUGUGAAUAUCUACACAACAAACUGGCACAUAUAAAGAGACUGAUAGCAGAAUAUGACCAUCAGCAGCUUCAGGACUGGCACUAGACUCCUCCCUCCUCCUGCUCCAUCCUCCUGCUCUUCUUGCAGGUGUGGUAGGAGGAGGUGUGGUGGGAGGAGGUGUGGUAGGAGGAGGUGUGGUAGGAGGUGUGGAGGCCGUAUUGCUCUGGUGGAGUCUUGGCCCUCCAGCUCCAGACUCCCUCCUUCCUCUCGUUUUGGAAGACUGGCGGUUCAACCUGACACACACACACUCUCACACACACACACUCACACACACACACUCACACACACACACUCUCUUACAGUGUUGGACAGGAACAGGAUGGAAAGGACGUCUACUACGAUGUGUCCCGUACUGACAUGGAAAGUUCACAAGUUGAACUCAGUUUCACCAUGUUUAUUUUCCUCUGGCUUUUUAUUUAUUAUCUUAUUUUUUGUGGCUAAAGAAGGGGCUACUUCCAUGGUGUGACAGGGGGCUACCUCCAUGGUGACAGGGGGCUACCUCCAUGGUGACAGGGGGCUACCUCCAUGGUGACAGGGGGCUACCUCCAUGGUGUGAGAAGGACCUUGAUUACCCCCCCCCCCCCCCAGUCUGUGGGUGUCUGGGCCCUCUGGUGCAGGUCAUCACUGUAAUGAUCAAUUGCUUUUCCUGUCUGUCCUCUACUAAUGUCUUAACGUGGGAGGGGGUUAGCCUCGGAUAAAUUAACCUCUCGCUCUCUCUCCUGCCUCUCGCUCUCUCUAACCUGCCUCUCUCUCUUUAACCUCCCUCUCUCUCUAACCUG